CAUUCAUACUACUUCUACAACAAUAAUAUAAUUCCGGUUUUCAACAAAAACGACAAAAUAUCACUAUUCUAUAUACAAACAAACCGAUAGCAGUGCCAAAACAUUAACACCGAGCGAAAGUGAGCUCUCUCCUUCAGUAUUAGUCGAGCCAGUUAUCAGUCAGUACACGUUCGCCUAGGCGCCACAUCAGCUAAAACCUGUAGGAACAAAUAUUUUCCGCUCAGAUCACCGUGAUCAAAGUCCAAGAGCCGAACUUUGCACAGUAAACAGUCACCAAUGAUAGCAAGGUGGGAAUAGUACGAAUCAUGCUAUUUCGAACGUUCACCCCACGGGUACUUCGGCAGCUGGGUGCAUCGCUUAUCAGCGCGGAACGUACUGUUGCGAAUUCUUAUCAAUUGUUCACUGUCAGCAAACACCUGCAAUCCGAUUUACCGGUCUCUGCCAUUCACACAUAUUCCGAUUCGCGAAAGGCGGUCAGUGUCAAUGUGCCACAGUCAGCUAGUAAAACUAACGCGAUAAGAACAGCUCAUUUGUGCAAAACCGGAGAAAACCAGCAAGCUCGGCUGAUCGUGGAACUGUCGGAGAAUGUACGUUACGAGUUCCCGCUUGUUUGGUUACGCGAUAAUUGUCAGUGUUCGGAGUGCUUUCACUCGGGAUCGUACAGUCGUAUUCUGAACUGGGAACUGUUUGAUGUGGAUGCCAUUGCGUUGCGGGAGUGCACGGUGACAGAAGAUGGACAUAGGAUCGAGAUCAUUUGGAAAGACGGACAUCGAUCACAGUUUGGCAGCGAGUGGUUGAUUGAAAGGAAUUUUAGCGAAGAAAAUAGUCAACAGUAUCUGAAUGAAUGGUAUAGACCAAGGCCGAGGUUAUGGAGCAGGUCAGAAUUUGGUGAAAUUUUGCAACAUUUUGAGUUCCAAGAUGUGAUCAACUCUGACGAAGCGUUGGAGCAUUGGAUCGAAGCUCUGAUAAAGUAUGGAGUUGUUAUGAUUAAGAAUGCACCACUCACUGAGUGGGAAUGCAGGAAACUUGCCGACCGUGUUGGUUUUAUCAGAAAAACACAUUAUGGUGAAGAAUUUAUCGUGAAAGCCAAGGAAGGCACCAGCAACGUAGCCUACUUAUCCACUCCACUGCAAAUACACACUGACCUGCCCUACUACGAUUACAAACCGGGAUGCAAUUUGCUACACUGUUUGGUCCAAUCUCAGUCUCAGGGGGGCCAAAAUCUCAUCGCGGAUGCCUUCUACGUGGCUGAUUUGAUUCGCAAAAAGUACCCACAAGAAUUCAAACUAUUGUCGGAGAUUUUGGUUAACUGGACGGAUGUUGGAGAGGAUGAAGGCGGUCAGUUUCAUAGCAUUUAUCGAGCGCCUGUUGUAUGCAUUGGCCGUGAUGGAAAUCUAGAACGGAUCAACCACAGUGUCCCUCAGAGAGACAGUUUCUUCAAUGUUCCGUUGUCCAGCAUCGAACCUUGGUACCGUGCCAUGGCACUUUUUGUUAAGCUCAUUCAUCGUGAGGCGGUCGAGUUUAAAACUGCUCCAGGGGACAUACUUACCUUCAGUAAUAUUCGGAUGGUGCAUGGACGUACGGGCUACACGGAUACGGAUGAUAAUACGAGGCACAUUGUUGGAGCAUAUCUCGAUUGGGAUGAGAUUUAUUCGAGACUGAGAGUUUUAAAAAGUCGGUUAAGAAAAUAGUGGUGUGAGACAUUUGGGUUAUUUGUGUAUUUCUCAAAGCGGAUUACGUAUGAAUUCAGUGGCUAACUAUUAUUAUCCAACUCGCUAGCGUCGAUCGCUGCGCAACCUGCAGAUGUUUGUGCGUUCUAGUCGCUUGCUACAUUUGAAAUAGCAGUUGGUUGCGUUUAUAAUUAUUUUGAAAGCAACUUCUGUUGUCUGUGGUACGACAUAAAUAAAUGUUUGAAAUGUUUU